UCGAUAAAUUUCUUAAGAAAAUGUUCUUUAUUUUCUCUGGAAAAUUCCCUACGCACAUUACAUUAGUCUCGAUUUAACUGAUGACAGAAAUAAACAAGAGAAAAGAGGCAGAGUUUCGAUUUAAUAAACGAAAGAACGUGUCGAUCGGAAUGCUAUAUCACCCGCACCUAUAGUGCUUAGAGGAAGGAAAGACAUCUUUAGCGUGGCAAGGUUAAAGAAACAUAUGCUUCGGCCCAGUGAAGGCGGAUUUAAAUUUAGCUUGUGCUUAUGCAAUAGAGAGAGAGAGAGUUUAAAUAAGAAAAUUAUGGAGGUUACGUAGGGUAUCAAAAAAUUCGACCACCUCACAAGCAUUCCCAAGUUUUUCUCUUUUUUCUUUUCAUUCAUUUUGAUAUCAACGAUAACGACAGCGAAUUAUGAAACCGAACGAGCGUGAUUAGCGACCGAAUAAAGCAGCAAAAUGGAUGCGCGAUUCAGGAGCAAUCUCGAUAUGAUCGGGCGCAACGAGCCAAUCACGAGAAAAGCGAAAUUCUGGCAAAGUUACGUUCGGGCUCUGAAAGGUACCGACGAUAUCAGAGCUCCGGAACAUACGCACAGACCACGCAGUAUUUUCCGCACUGACUAUCCUGAAUUGCAUACCACCUCACCCACUUGGCCAUUUGGAAAGUCGAUUUUUGAAAAUCCUAUUCAUGCGGCUGAUCGUAUCAACACCCCUGGAUACAGGUAUAUGCCCGUUCACCGUGAGAUCUACGGUUACUCGCCAAGGCAAAUCUACCCUCAUCAGUACAAACCCGUAGAACGCUUCACCCCUGCGAAACCAUUUGACGCCGACAAGGCUUGGACCGAUCAUCUGAAUCGUUUGGCUGACAUCGACAGACUUUAUCCGAGCAGGUCGCCGUUGCUUGCUCGACACAUAAGUCCACCUCUCAGCACGAAGAGACUCUUCGAUAUUCAUGGUAACUUGCUAACCGACGAUAUCUUCCCGAGCUACUCAUCAUUGCUUCGCAGGAAACCUCUUUUCGAUUUGCUCGAACCAUCUCCAACAGCUCCGAUCAGUGCCUUCACGAGAGAUCCUUGGUGGUAUCCUAGCUUUGCUCCUUAUAUUCCAAGCUAUGCUCAGUACAGUACUCCGUUUUACCUGAGGGACAGCUACCUUAGUCCAAUUAAACGUAGCUUCUUAUGGAGCCGACAUCCUAUCAGACCACUCGGAGCAUUAUACUACUAUUAUUCGCAGCCAGUUCCAGUAUAUCACUUUACCAGCCCGUGGUACAAUAAACAUUAAGAACAAAUAAGAAAAAAGAAAAGAAAAACAAAACAAAACAAAUCUCACGUCUACUGAUAAACUCUCUACGUACAACAUAUAUGUCGCCCCCGCAUGGAACGCGUGAAUCGAAUCUCUCGACGAUCGAAGAAGGAAGUGACGUACGCAAAGUGGAAGUGAAAAGAGUAUGAAAAUUGAAGGAAAAAAACACAAAAAAAACAAAACGAAACGAAAAUAACAACGAUAUCAACAAGGAAAAAGGAAGUACGCUUACGUCUCUGGUAUCCUAGAAAAAAAAAACAAAAAAACAAAAAUAAUAAAAUAACACAAGAUUCUGUAUACCUAGCCAGUGAAAAGAAAACAAAACAAACAAAAAUAAGAUUAAAACUUGAGAUCAUGGGAA